AUGGCCAUAACCUGCCGUCUCCUCGACCCCCCAGAACUUCACCACGCGACACCAUCCUCCACCAACACCACUGAAGAUGAUCCCAAGAAUAGUCUAAUUAACCAAACCACUGAUUUUGACCUUUCUGAUGUAGUAGAAGAAGAUUUUGAAUACCAUCCGAUUAUGGGCUUAACUGAAAAUAAUUCAGCAACUUUUAUUUCUUUAGGAAACCCUUGUUUGGAUUUCUUCUUCCAUGUGGUGCCUGAUACUUCACCCAAAGAUUUGAUCGGACGGCUGGAAUUAGACUGGGCAUACAAUUCAUUGACCGCUUUGAAACUGAUCUGCAAUCUCAGGGGGGUGAGAGGCACUGGAAAAUCUGACAAGGAAGGAUUCUAUGCGGCGGCGUUUUGGCUUCAUCAUUACCCACCCCAAGACGCUGGCCAGUAA